GCUAUAAUAUAAGAGGACUUCUUUUGAAAAUUCCACAAAUAUAAACGAAUUAAAAGUAUGUCAAAUCACUUUGGGAAAAACUUUUAAUGACCUAAUGAGGUGUCAUUUUCGUAAGGAAAUAAAUGUUAUUCGGGAUAGUAACAGUAACAGGCCUUCAUUACCACAGUCCCUUUACAGCACUUUUAAUCGUGUUCUAUUCCUUGCUUAGAAUACAUCUAUCCUAUUGGUUAGCCCUCUCUCAUCAAAUGCGAUGGCUCUUGAUGUGAUGGCUCUUUCUCAGCACAACAGUUAUACUGCCAUGGUACAGUAGAUUGUGUGUGUGUGAUGUAAUUUACAGUGAAUCAGCUCAAUGUUGUAGAUAGAAGCUAAUAAUCCAAUAAUAAUCUGCUUCAUAUCUACACCAAGUAGAAAAACAGCAGGGAAAUGGGACUCUGGGCGCAUACAGAGUGACUUAUAUGGUAGAUUUACUUUAAAGGUUUGGCCAGUGUGUGUAGAUAUGACAUAAGUCUAACUCUUUAAACUGACUGUAUACUGGAGCUUUUUAUAGAUGUGUUAAUAUGUAGGUUGUAGUGUGUGGGAACAUACUCAAGUUAGUAUUUCUGUGUUCCAGUGAAAGACAGCUCAUUUGUGUGUGUGUGUGUGUGAGGGAGAUUUAGUAAAAUGGUCUUUAAUCUAGUUUACUUAAUACAGUCUGACCUGACAUCUGAAACCUUCCCUGACCUCCUGACUGUUUAUCGGAGUUGUGACCGUUCCUUCUCUCUUUCUUUUUGAUUUGGUUUUGAUUUCAUUUCACAUCCCUUCCAACCAUUCUACCCUAUUUAUCCUACAUCUUUCUGCCACUCCAUGCUUAUUUGCAAUGACUUAUCUCUAACCUACUCAUACUCCUUCCUCGUCCUUUCCGACAUACACAUCUUGAUUAAUUAAACCCUACUAAUCACCACCUCUACUGGACCUACUAUCAUCCUCAUCCAUUUCCCGGCGUUCCUGUUAUCCCGUUUUUCGGCACGGCGUGAUCAGCCUUCUACAGCGCCGCCCCCUUGACCUCGGCGGGCAUCAUUCCCGUCAUGCAGUCCUUGUGUCCGGAUGGCCAGCGAGACGAAUUUGGCUUCCUGCAGUACAAAAACUCCACCGUGACUCAGUUGUUGGAGCGGAUUGGGGAGGUUGUGGAACAGAAUCACUUGUUCGCGUCAGAAGGGCCGACUCUUGGAGAGGAGCUGGAGUCACUGCAGCAGCACCUGGAGAGUCUCAGUUCAGCUCAGAGUCCCUUAGAGAACAGCUUCAACACAAGCCACGGCUUCACUUUAGGAAGCGUCUUAAGGAAUCCUUCUCACUUCCAGCAGUUCCUUAUCCAAAAUCUCUCUCUGUCCAACGACACAGCCAGCCUGCUUCUUUCAUCCCCAGUUAACCUUAAAGAGGUAUAUAACCUAAUUUUUGGCACAUAUCCCAAAGCAAGUGCAGGCGGUGGAGGCUGGCCUGAAGGUCACCGUGGUGCUCGCAGCACUGGAGAGAAAGUCUUACAACUGGAGGAGCAGCUGCUAGGAGGCUGGAGAAGUUUGGAAGGGGGUUUGCUUCACAAAGCGCUGAGAGACCCAACUAAAGCAGCUGAUCAGCCCGCUCUAUUCCAGCUGCUCUCUCAGGCCCUUGGCAUCGCUGGAGGAGGAGGGGAUGCGAACAAACUUGAUCCACAGGGACUGCAAGAGCUGGAGGGAAUUCUGCUGACUGGUGGAGUGCUGGAGGCACUUACAUGUGGGGAGGGAAGAGACAGUGAGCUCAACACGAUACUAUCAGUCCCAGAAAAGCAGCAGUCACUGUUACGAGCCUAUCAGGCGAAUAUGUGUAAAGGAGAGGUGAAGCAGAAGGCGGAGCGCUUUGCACAGAUCAGCCAGGAGCUGAAGGACCAGAUUGAUACAGAGAGAAUCAGUGAGAAGUUAAAGUUGGAACAGACCAAUGCUUCAUCUCUGCCAUUUCAGUCCCACCUGGGUGCUCUGCUGAAGGACCUGGCUGAGGUAGAGAAACUGCUUAAAGAUGUGGAUCUGCUCUCAGGCCUGGCAAAGUUGUUGCCCAAAGGGGCAUGUGCAGGACACCAGACUUUGUUUUCUGCUAAUAAUGCCAGCUGGAGCUCCAACACUACCACUUGGGGUACUAACAUCACUGAAAACCCUGCUGAGGGGAAGGACACUCAGGCAGAUAAUCCUCACUCACAGUUCUCUGCUUUUGUGCAGCUAUGGGCUGGGCUGCAGCCAAUUCUGUGUGGAAAUAACAGGAUUAUUGAGCCAGAAGCUUUGAAGCAAGGUAACAUGAGCUCUCUUGGCUUUACCAGCAAAGAGCAGCGGAAUUUAGGGCUACUCGUUCACCUUAUGACUACAAAUCCCAAGAUCCUCUACUCUCCCAUUGGCUCACAGGUGGAUAAGGUCAUUCAAAAGGCCAAUGAGACAUUUGCAUUUGUGGGCAAUGUGACUCAUUAUGCCAAAGUAUGGCUAAACAUUUCGGCUGAGCUCAGACCUUUCUUGGAGGAGGGCAAACUGCACAAUCACUUGGCAUGGCUGCAACAGUUGACCUCAGACCUGCGAAGGCACCCGGAGCUGCUAAACGCUUCAGACAGUGAGUUGUUAGAAAGUCUGAUGCAGGAAAAUUUCACCCUGCCGAACAUCAGCACGCUGCUAGAGCAGCUCGACACCAUCGACAAUGCCGCCUGCGGCUGGACCCAGUUCAUGUCAAAGGUGAGUGUGGAUAUAUUCAAAGGCUUCCCGGAUGAGGACAGCAUUGUAAACUACACUCUGAACCAAGCCUACCAUGAUAAUGUCUCUGUAUUUGCCAGUGUUAUUUUCCAGACCAAUAAGGAUGGCUCCUUGCCUCCUCAUGUACAGUAUAAGAUCAGGCAGAACUCCAGCUUCACAGAGAAAACUAACGAGAUAAGGCGUGCUUACUGGCGUCCGGGACCCAACACCGGCGGCAAGUUCUACUUCCUCUACGGCUUUGUGUGGAUCCAAGAUAUGAUGGAGCGAGCGAUCAUUAACACAUUUGUUGGACAUGAUGUUGUGGAGCCCGGAAAUUACGUGCAGAUGUUCCCCUAUCCCUGCUACACCAGAGACGAUUUCCUGUUUGUGAUUGAGCACAUGAUGCCCUUGUGCAUGGUAAUCUCCUGGGUUUAUUCAGUGGCCAUGAUGAUCCAACACAUAGUCGCAGAGAAGGAGCAUCGGCUCAAAGAGGUGAUGAAGAUGAUGGGAUUAAAUAAUGCUGUGCACUGGGUGGCCUGGUUCAUCACAGGCUUUGUACAGCUUUCUAUAUCGGUAACAGCACUGACGGCCAUAUUAAAGUAUGGCCGAGUCCUCCUUCACAGCGAUCCAUUCAUCAUCUGGCUCUUCCUCACUGUAUACGCCAUCGCCACCAUCAUGUUCUGCUUUCUAGUGUCGGUAAUCUACUCCAAAGCCAAACUGGCCUCAGCUUGUGGCGGGAUCAUCUAUUUCUUGAGUUAUGUUCCCUACAUGUACGUGGCCAUCAGAGAAGAGGUGGCCCAUGACAAGAUCACGGCCUUUGAGAAGUGUAUUGCGUCUCUGAUGUCCACCACUGCUUUUGGACUCGGCUCAAAGUACUUUGCUUUGUACGAGGUGGCCGGUGUGGGCAUCCAGUGGCGCACCAUCAACCAGUCACCGGUAGAGGGCGAUGAUUUUAACCUGCUAUUGUCUAUAGUCAUGCUGAUUAUUGACACAACUGUGUAUGGCGUGCUCACCUGGUACAUCGAGGCUGUGCAUCCAGGAAUGUAUGGUCUGCCCCGCCCAUGGUACUUCCCCCUGCAGAAGUCCUAUUGGUUAGGCAGUGGACGGAUUGAGACUUGGGAUUGGCCAUGGGGCAACAGCGCCAGGCUCAGCGUGAUGGAGGAGGAUCAAGCUUGUGCCAUGGAGCAUAGACGCUCAGAGGAAACCCGUGGAAUAGAAGAGGAACCCAGUCACUUACCUCUGGUGGUGUGCAUAGACAAACUCACUAAAGUUUACAAGACAGGCAGCAAGCUGGCUCUCAACAAGUUGAGUUUAAAUCUGCAUGAAAACCAGGUUGUCUCCUUCCUGGGACACAACGGAGCCGGCAAGACCACAACAAUGUCAAUCCUUACCGGACUGUUCCCCCCCACCUCGGGCUCAGCCACGAUAUACGGCCACGACAUUCGCACAGAGAUGGAGCGUAUCCGGCAGAACCUGGGCAUGUGCCCGCAGCACAACGUCCUCUUUGAUAAGCUGACUGUUGAGGAGCACCUGUGGUUCUACUCACGCCUGAAGGGCAUGGCUGAAGAGGACAUCCGAAAAGAGAUGGAUAAGAUGAUUGAGGAUCUGGAGUUGUCUAAUAAACGCCACUGCCUGGUGCAGACGCUUUCAGGAGGCAUGAAGAGGAAGCUGUCAGUAGCUAUAGCGUUUGUGGGCGGUUCUCGGGCUGUGAUUCUGGAUGAGCCUACAGCUGGGGUCGACCCCUACGCCCGCCGUGCCAUAUGGGAUCUCAUCCUCAAAUACAAACAAGGCCGGACCAUCCUCCUCUCAACACACCACAUGGACGAGGCUGACCUUCUAGGUGAUCGCAUCGCAAUCAUCUCCCACGGGAAGCUCAAGUGCUGCGGCUCACCUCUCUUCCUUAAGAGCACCUACGGAGACGGAUAUAAGCUCACACUUGUGAAGAAGCAAAGUGACUCCAAUCCCACAGAUCAGUCGGGUAUGCCCCCAUCAUCCCUGUCCCUGUGCUCAGAACCCAGAGUCACUCAGUUUAUUCGACAGUUUGUAGCCUCGUGCCUGCUGGUGUCUGACUCCAACACUGAGCUGUCCUACAUCCUGCCAUCUGAGGCUGUCAGGAAGGGCAGCUUCGAGAGACUGUUUCAGGCUCUGGAACAGAGUUUGGACAGUCUGGCUCUCACUAGCUUUGGUGUGAUGGACACCACCCUGGAGGAGGUCUUUUUAAAAGUCUCAGAGGAAGAUCUGUCACUUGAGAACAGUGACGCAGACAUGAAGAGCUCCCCAGGUGGGGCAUCAGUGGGGAAGCCUUCUUCCCUUUUGGCAGCGCAGCAGUGUGAUGGAGCUCCGCUUGGUGCCGUGACCCGGCCUGAAGUGGAGAUGAGCAACAUGGUGAUGAGCUCAAGGCUGAGCUCCAGUCAGGCCUCGUUGCAUUCAAACUCCUCUGUGGGCUCAGUGAGAGGUGACGAGGGAGGACCGUACUCAGACUUCUACGGUGAAUACUACCCACUGUUUAAUAGUCCCCAGGAACUGGACUCAGCCAGUCUUAGAGAUGAGGAGGAGCCAAGCUCCCCUGAGACACAUGUGCUGGAGGGCCAAGGCAGCUUUAAGCUGGAGGGCUGGUGGCUGCGACUUCGCCAAUUCCACGGCCUCAUAGUCAAGAGGUUUCACUGUGCCAAGAGGAACACCAAGGUCCUGUUCUCCCAGAUUCUACUGCCAGCCUUCUUCGUUUGUGUGGCAAUGACCGUCGCUCUCUCUGUGCCUGCGAUAGGUGAUCUGCCUCCGCUCAUUCUGUCACCGUCUCAGUAUCAUAACUACACCCAGCCUAGAGGAAACUUCAUCCCCUUCGCCAACGAGGACCGGCUCCAGUACAGGAGCAAGCUGUCCCCGGACGCCGGCCCUCAAAAGAUUAUCAACACCCUGCGUUUGCCAUCAGGAGUGGGUGCAACCUGUGUGCUCAAAACCCCCUUUAAUAGUACACUGGACCAGCUGGCACAGAGCCUCAACCCCUACGCUAAUAAUGCCAAAACACUGGCAGCACGUUACUUUGACCCCAUGUGCCUGGACUCGUUCACCCAGGGCGUGCCUUUAUCCAACUUCGUCCCACCUCCACCUUCACCUGCACCUUCUGAUUACCCAGAGCCACGAUUUGAUGAUGCUCUGUGGAACUACACAGCAGCUCCACCCACCACUGCCCACGAGAAGGUGACGUCUCCUCCUCCACUGCCGUUGUCUAUACGAGAACCAGUGCGCUGCAUCUGCUCCAUGCAGGGAACAGGCUUCUCGUGCCCCAGCGGUGUCGGUGGACGACCGCCCCUCACUAAAGUAGUCACAGGAGAUAUUCUGGUGGACGUCACAGGACGCAACGUGUCUGAAUACCUUCUCUAUACCUCGGAUCGCAUGAGACUGCACAGGUAUGGAGGCAUCACUGUUGGAAACAUCCAGAAAUCAGUCCCAGCAUCUUUUGGGAGAAAGAUGUCGCUCAUGGCGCGCAAGAUAGCAGUGCGACGCUCGGCCCAGGUGCUGUAUAACAAUAAAGGCUACCACAGCAUGCCCACAUACCUGAACGUGCUGAACAAUGCCAUCCUGCGUGCUAACCUGCCCCUUAGCAAGGGCAACCCUGCAGCUUAUGGUAUUACAGUAACUAAUCACCCCAUGAACAGGACCAGUGCCAGCCUUUCUCUAGAUUACCUACUCCAGGGCACUGAUGUGGUCAUUGCUAUCUUCAUCAUCGUAGCCAUGUCAUUUGUCCCAGCCAGCUUUGUGGUUUUUCUGGUGGCGGAGAAGUCCACCAAGGCUAAGCACCUGCAGUUCGUGAGCGGCUGUGACCCUGUCAUCUACUGGCUGGCCAACUAUAUUUGGGACAUGCUGAAUUACCUGGUUCCAGCUACAUGCUGUGUUCUCAUUCUGUUUGUCUUUGACCUGCCUGCGUACACGUCCCCUAAAAACUUCCCAGCAGUGGUGGCGCUCUUCUUGCUUUAUGGCUGGUCCAUAACCCCCAUCAUGUAUCCAGCUUCUUUCUGGUUCGAGGUUCCCAGCACAGCCUACGUUUUCCUUAUCGUUAUUAACCUGUUCAUAGGAAUCACUGCCACCGUGGCCACUUUCCUCCUUCAGCUGUUUGAGCAUGACAAGGAUCUGAAGUUGGUAAACAGCUAUCUGAAGUCAUGCUUUCUCAUCUUUCCUAACUAUAACCUGGGUCAUGGGCUGAUGGAGAUGGCCUACAACGAAUACAUUAAUGAGUACUAUGCCAAGAUAGGUCAGUUUGAUAAGGUGAAGUCUCCAUUUGAGUGGGACAUUGUGACACGUGGACUGGUGGCCAUGACCAUCGAGGGAUUCGUCGGCUUUCUUAUCACCAUCCUGUGCCAGUAUAAUUUUCUCCGUAAACCUCAAUUGCCCGUAAACAGUCAGCCAAUCGAAGACGACGAUGUCGAUGUUGCACGCGAGAGACGACGAGUUCUCCGAGGAGAUGCUAUAAACGAUAUGCUGAAGAUUGAAAAUCUCACAAAGGUGUAUAAGUCUCGUAAGAUGGGACGCAUCUUGGCAGUGGAUCGCUUGUGUCUGGGUGUUCGUCCUGGAGAGUGUUUUGGGCUGCUGGGAGUCAAUGGAGCAGGAAAGACGACCACUUUCAAAAUGUUGACUGGAGAUGAAAGCACAACAGGAGGAGAGGCUUUUAUCGAAGGACACAGCAUACUGAAGGAUCUUUUGCGUGUGCAGCAGAGUAUCGGUUACUGUCCUCAGUUUGAUGCGCUGUUCGAAGAUCUAACUGCACGAGAGCAUCUGGAGCUGUACACACGCCUCCGAGGUAUACCGUGGAAGGACGAGGAGCGGGUGGUGCAGUGGGCCCUGGAGAAGCUCCAGCUCUCUAAGUACGCAGACAAGCCGGCUGGCACGUACAGUGGAGGAAACAAACGCAAGCUGUCCACAGCUAUCGCUCUCAUCGGAUACCCCUCCCUGAUUUUCCUGGACGAACCCACAACCGGCAUGGACCCGAAAGCUCGCCGCUUCCUCUGGAACCUUAUCCUCGACAUCAUCAAGACGGGACGAUCGGUGGUGCUGACAUCACACAGUAUGGAGGAGUGCGAGGCAUUGUGCACUCGCCUGGGAAUCAUGGUUAAUGGAAGGUUCAAGUGUCUGGGCAGCAUUCAGCAUCUCAAGAACAGGUUUGGUGACGGUUACAUGAUCACGGUGCGCACCAAGACGACUGCUAGUGUUAAAGAAGUGAUCCGCUUCUUUAACAGGAACUUCCCCGAGGCCAUCUUAAAGGAGAGACACCACACUAAGAUCCAGUACCAGCUGAAGUCAGAGAAUAUCUCUCUGGCUCAGGUGUUCAGUAAGAUGGAGCAGGUGGUGGAGGUGCUGAGCAUCGAGGAUUACUCCGUCAGCCAGACCACCCUGGAUAACGUGUUUGUGAACUUUGCCAAAAAGCAAAGUGACAACCUGGAGCAGCAGGAGAGCUCACCAAAGAAAAGCAGUGAGUCGCCCCUGCAGCGUCUGCUUAGAAUCCUGCUACCACGAACGACCAACACCGAACUGAGCGCUCUGGUCAGCGACGAGCCCGAGGAACUGGAGAGUGAUGAUGAUGAAGGGCUCAUCAGCUUCGAAGAAGAGAGGGUGCAGUUGUCCUUUAAUACAGAUACUCUUUGCUGAAACAGCAACCUCCUUCACAGAAACGUGAAAAACACAGCCUCAAGUACAGACAUUCAUCUGACCAAGGGAAGAUGUUCCUAAUCUCCUUUCUCCGUGUGGUCCAUCUGUCUGGCCUUAAGAAGAACCGUGCUGUUUAUCCGUGUGUGCUGUGGUGGUGGAGCUUACUGAGGACUCCAGGGUCACUCAUCAGAGCCUCAGACACACUGCUGCUGCUGCUGCUGCUAUAUAAAGUGAUUUUUGCAUUUUGGAGAAAUGAUUAUGGUGAAUAUCCCUCUUUUGGGACGGGAUUAAAACAGGUUAUUAAACGGAUACACGGUCAGAUUUUUAAAAACUAAAAUGGGUUCAUGCUGUUCUGAACUAGCUGUUGAUGUCAUGAAAUAACAUAUCAUCCCUGAUAACAAAGACCGUUUGGGGUUCCACACCUUGUACCUUGUUAUUUUUAUGACUGAUUAAAAUGCUGAUUGUUUUUUUUGUUUUUUUUUUUAAUUCUAUAAUCAAAUCUACCCUUUGUUAAUAUGUUGAACCUGCCUUGAGAGCAUGCUAUAUAUUCAAGCCUGUGGUACAGUACGUCCUAUAUUUUAUCGAUUGAAAUGUUUUAAGGCUUAUGUCAUGUAUUAAAAGUGGUACAAUUUCCGACGUACAAACAAACGCACCUUUUAUGAGAGACGUUUACUGGAAACACUGGUUUGAAGUCGGGCAUCAAACUGGUCUGAACCCAUCCCUGACCAUUUUGAUGGGGUGGACGAGAGGAAUAAGGUGUCGAAUGUGAACGUUUAGUGAAUGUAAACGGCAUGAAAAUGUUUUUUUUUUUUUGCACAGAUCGGUGCCUCAGUGAAGCGUCGUUUUCCCGAAUUUGCCAUUUUCUGACAGUCAUCACAAAGACGUAAAAUUGCGUUAUUCUCAAUUUUUUUAUAGUAAUGCACAUGUUAGAAAGACCGACAUUUAAUCCUUAACUGUUUUGCAUUCACUGUGAAGCCAAAGGUGAACUUCUGAUUCAGUCUGAUUGACAACGGAUAGAUUUCAGGAGACCUUCUUUUAUUUUAUUUUAUUUUAUUUAUUUUUUUUUUGCAUAUUGAUCAAGUGAUGUAUUUAUUUUCCUCUCGUAAUCCUUUAUUUUGCACUGUAUUGUGUGCUAAAGACAUGAAAACAAAAAAACGUGUUAUUUUUUUUAAUGUCAGUGGAAGCUGUACAGAGGUGUUUGAGCUGUGCUAUAGUGUGUCGAGUGUUUAACUCUAUUCAUUGCUCCUGCUUUAGCAUAACGUUAGAUCUGUGAAGAAAACCUCAUAAAAAAUACAAAGUCCUUUAUUUUAAGCUGACAGAACGACAGAAAGCAAAGAGAUCCUUAAGUAUACGUACUUAACGAUGUCCCCUGAGUAUCCUUGUGUUUUAUUUUUCAUGUAAUAUGACCAAAGGGAAAAUGAAGCAUAUUUUUCGAUGUAUGAACUAAAUGUGAGUCAAUUGCAUCUUUGCUACUGUUGUUGUAAAUAAGAGUCACGUGUUGAUUAAUCCUAAUUCACCUGAAAGUCAUGUUACUAUUAAGGUUACACCAGCAAACAAAGACAAACGUUUAACCAAGCGGUUUGAGUUAAGAUUUAGUUUUUACUCGGGAGCAAAUACUUUCAAGCGUCAUGUAAUUAAGUGCAUAUUCAUGGAUAGAAAUCGUGUGUGGUUUUUUUUCCAUGCUGUUAAAUUCCUACUCAGACUGACUCGAGCUUGUUUCUGAUGAUUACCUUAUUUUCCUUAUUCUUGUGAUGAGCUGUUCAGGUGUUUUUAAUAUGAACAGGAAAUAAAAAAAAAGUGUUGAACUGUG